AUGGCGCCGGAGGCCAGCUCAUCGUUGCCGGAUUUAAAUCCGGAGGCAAUAUUGGCGUCGGGUCGGGAUGCGGAGAAGCUGAGCCUACCUGCUUUGCAAUCCAAGAUGAAGUCUGACCCGGAAGGCUACGAAAUGGAGCUCCAGUUGAUAUACAGCCAAUUCAAGUCAUCCAUGGAGCUGUUCAAGGAUCAGGCGGCGAUGAGCUUCACAUCUGCCAGUGGCAUCGCCGCUGACCCCACCGUCGCCAAGAAUUUGGGAGACCGGGCCAUGUUCUUGGCCCAUGUUGCCCCCUUCUACCCGAAGAUGAAGCAGAUGUCCGAAUUCCCCGGAGAACUCGCUGAAUUUCUCCGUGCGUCUGCUCGGACCCUCCCUUCAGGCCUUCGGGUUCAUGUCACCCAGGCUCUUAUACUACUCAUUAACAGAAAGAUGGUCGAUACGGAGAAAAUUCUUGAGUUGUUCAUGGAGCUACAGACAUUUGGGGAUAAGACUCUCAGGACAUUGGCAUUUUCGCAUGUUGUUCAUAGUAUCAGGAAGAUGAAUCAGAAGCACAAGAAUGACAAGAAGAAUCGGGCACUUCAGAGUAUUCUCUUCUCAAUGUUGCAGCAAGAGGAUGAAACAAAAGCAAGAAGGUCACUUAUUACACUCUGUGAGCUUCACCGGAGAAAAGUGUGGUUUGAUGACAGGACUGCAAAUGCUAUCUGUAAUGCGUGUUUUCACCCAUCGACAAGGAUCAUGGUUGCUGCUUUGUCUUUCCUUCUUGAUUACGAGAAGAUUGAGAAUGGUAGUGAUAGUGAUGAUGCAGACAGUGAAGAGGAACUGGAAGCACAACAACCUCAGAUAGUAGUCAGUAAAGAAGCUAUCUACAAGGCACAACAUAAAGGUACCUCUGCCAGCAAAAAGAAAAAGAAAGCAAAAUUGCAGCGUGUGAUACGCAGCAUGAAGAAGCAGCAACGCUCUUCUGCGCAGAAGAAUGUUUCAAGUUAUUACUCACCGUUAAAGCACUUGAAAGAUCCACAGGGAUUUGCCGAGAAGUUGUUCUCUCGGCUCCUAACUAAAACUGGCAGUGAAAGGUUUGAGGUCAAGAUGAUGUUGCUGAAAGUGAUUACUCGCGUUGUUGGUCUUUAUAGUUUAAUAAUCGAAAAUCUAUAUCCUUUUCUUCAGAAAUAUGUGCAGCCCCAUCAGCGUGAUGUCACCAGUUUGCUUGCAGCUGCAGUUCAGGCUUGCCAUGAUAUGGUGCCGCCUGACUUUGUGCAACCAUUGUUCAAACAAAUAGUGAACCAGUUCGUGCACGACAAAUCUCGGACAGAGGCCAUUUCUGUUGGAUUGAAUGUGGUACGAGAAAUAUGCCUGCGUAUGCCUCUGUUGAUGACAGAAGAUUUACUUCAAGAUCUUGUAUUGUAUAAGAAGUCAAAUGAGAAAGCGGUUUCAUCAGCUGCUAGAUCGCUGGUGACUUUGUUUAGAGAGGUUUGUCCUUCCCUUUUGCUAAAAAAGGAUAGGGGACGUCCCAUUCAUCCAAAGGCAGCGCCUAAAGCCUAUGGUGAAGUCACAGUUGCCACCAAUGUCCCUGGAGUUGAGCUACUGGAAGAUGACAAUGGCAGCAUUGAUAGUGACACAGAUGAUGAGUUAAUUAGCUCAUCAGACAGAGAGGAAGAUGUUGUUUCAGAAAGUGAUUGUGAUGGCUCUGAUAAUGAUGAUGGUGGCAUCCUCAGCAAGGGAUCAAGUAGUGAAGAUGACUUCAUGCUAGAAGAAGAUGAUUCUGAAGAUGAUGCUAAUAUUAGCUAUGAGAGUGCUGAUGCCACAAGUGAGGAUAAUGACCAAAAUGGCGAGUCUGAUGAAGACGAUGAGCAUGAGGCAUCUGGCAGUCUGUCCAGUGUCAGAGGUGAUGAUGCAAAUCAUGAAAGGCGUCCUAAGUUUGGAAAGCGCAAAUUAUCUGACUUUGACGAAGAACUCAAUGCUGCAAACAAAAGCCUUCGAGCACUGAAGAAACUGGCCGGAACCAGGACGAACGACACUGCUGAUGCAGAUGAUGGUAUUCUUUCCAAUGAGGACUUCCAAAGAAUUAAAGAGCUAAAGGCUAAGAAGGAGGCAAGGGUUGCAUUAAAUGCUCAUGGAUUCAAGCUUCCAAGUUCAGACCAACUUAGUCUUAAAAGAGUUGAUGCCGCUAAACUUGAGGCUAACAUACGAAGGAAGAUGACCAAGGAUGAAAGGCUGGAAUUAGUUAGAGCUGGAAGGGAAGACAGAGGAAAGUACCAAGCUCGAGCUGCUAUUAAAAAGAAAAAGACUGGUGGUUUAACCAAUAAGCAAAAGGAGCACAAAAAGGCUUUGCCUCGAGCUGCCAAGAUGGCAAAAGUAUCACGAUCGAAACAGGAGAAGAAAAGAAAACAGCAACGUUCUGGGAAACAAUUUCGUGGAAGGAAAGCUUGGAAAUGA